UCCAUAUUCCUGCUUAUGGCUACAAUGUAUCUCUCCGGCUAUCAGAAGUAAUGGAUGACAUUGGAAUUAACGAGAGAAUGAUGAUGAAAAGGAGACAGGUAUACAUGCUAAGGGAGUCAAUGGUCACUAUCACAGUGCAAGCAGAUGGAAACAAUGUGACUAUACAUCACCUAGGAAGUCAAAGCGAAGGAACAACAACUCCAGGACUGCAAUCAGAUUUAGACACACUACAAUGUCAUUAUGAGUUUAAUGUGAUGCAGGACUUGGCUCAAUGGAAACAAGGCAAGACAAAUCUUCUCAUGAUACAAGAUGACACAACAACACCUGGAUACUGUUUUCUACAGCUGCUCAGACCUGAUAUACCUCAGCCUGUUACUAAUAUUCCAGCUGAGCUGCACUUUAUUAAAGAUUUAAGAGGAAGAGCACUAUGGAAAAAUACAAUAGUAAACAAAUUCAUUAGGGAAGGAUAUGAACGAGAUGGACCAUCAAGAGCUACCAAAGGACCUGAUGGAAACACUACUCAUGACCGUGUUUUUGCUUUUUAUUGUACAUCAUCGCCUCCAAUAACAGCAGGCUGGCUAGAAAGACAGGGAUUAGGAAGAUGGCCAACACCAGAUAUGAAGAGAAAUGUAGUAAGAAAUGGCUGCUUUGUUGACCCAGUUGGAAGCAAAAUUAGUAUCAACAGAGAGAUUGAAUGGAGAAUAUCAACCACCCUUGCAGAGAGAUGUUUGAUGUUUGACUUAAAUAUUUCACAGAUACGCUGCUAUGUCUUAAUGAAAAUGAUUCUAAAAUCACAUCUAAAUAAUGGUAGUGAAAAUAAUAUCUCCAGUUAUAUGUGUAAAACAAUACUUUUACACUGUGUAGAAAAUCUUGAGCCCAAUGUAUGGCAAGAAGGCAAUUUGAUCACAUGUUUAACUUACUGUUGUUUACAAUUAUACCACUGUUUACUGAAUGAACAAUGUCCACAUUUCAUUAUAAAUGAAAACAACUUAAUGGCUGGAAAGUUUUCAGCUGAAGAGAAACAUCAUCUUCUAGCACGAUUAAGUGAUUUAAUACAAAAUGAUGGACUUGGAUUGCUUGGAAUUCUGUUUGAUGACAUUGGUGAAAGACUUAAGAUCAAACUCAGUAUGAUACCUCAAUUACUUAACUAUGUACCAUCUCCUCCUGUUGAAAUCUGUGAAGAAUUCUCAGGUUUGUUAUAUUAUGAUCUUUCAAACCUAGUCAGAGAGAGGUUGAAAGAGAUCUUCAAAAGUAAGGACCACAAAGACAUAAUACAGCUUUUUGCAUCCAGAGUAAUAAACUACUGUAAAAAAGGAAACAGACUAGAACAAACAGCAUGCAGGCUUCUGGUACCUCAUCUCUACACUACGGUUGGAUCUAUGCUGGCAUCAGCUAAUAUUGCUCUUACCAACACAGUGCCACCUGAAGCUUUGGUCUGGUUCUCAGCAGGUCUUAACUCUGAUGCAUUAUCUAGCAGACUAAAACUGGCUUCUGCAUUCUACUGUUCAGGGAAUAUGGAGAGAACUGAAUGCAUUCUAAGACAUGCUAAUCAACAAUAUGACAAUGGUGUAGUUGUCCCUGUCUGCUGGUGCAAUAAUUAUCCAUAUACCAGUACUAAUGCAGCUGAAUUUAACAAAAUUUGCAAUGAGCAGAAUGAAGAGGUUAUCCAACAACAUACAGCUUUAUGUGUCAGAUUUUUGCACUCUGAAAUCAAUUGUGUUCCUCGAGAACUUCAAUACGAAAUGUACAGAUCUACAAAAGAUGACAAGCUCCAUAGAAAUAAUGAUGAAGACUAUUGGAUGGACUGGGCUAUGGCAGACUCCUUCCCUUUACUGUACUUUCUACAAUACAAGACCUACAGUUGUCUACAGAGAUACCAGAAACAACAAAAAGCACUCAGUGACCUUGCAUGGACCAUUGAGAAAGAACGAAACCUCAAACACAGUGAAACUGCCCUCAAUCUACUUGCACAGUGUAUGGAACAGGAGAACAAACCUCAGGCUGCAUUACAAUUCUAUCAGCUAUCUCUCCAACAAAGAGGAAGAAACAAUGUUGCAAAGUUGCAUAUUUGCAGGCUGUUAGCAAAAGUGCUAAAUAGACGAAUUCACAAAACCAUUUGUUGCCCUCUUCUUUAAUCAAAUGUUUUGAUUUUAACACGCAUAGGCUUUUUGCAUGUGAAAAAAGAACACUCAACAAUAUGUAAUCCUAUAUAAAAUCAUUAUCAUAUUACGAAUUAUUAUUGCCACAGUAGAAAAGAUUUUGAUCCCACAAUUUAUUGUACAGAAUGCCUUGAUUAAAGACAAAUAUAUGUUAUCAAUUAUAUUUUACCUGAGGUUCCCCUCAAUUUUGGUCAAACUGCAACCAUUCUCAAGUCUGAUCCACUCACAAAACAAACAUAAAACUUGUUAAUGUCUUUCUUU